AUGGUAAACAUGAGAGGAUUUAAUUUUAGAAGCUUCACAUUCAUGCUCUUCAUUGUUUUUCUAGCUUGGUCAUCAAGUUUUGAGACCUGCAUUGCUAGAAGAGGCAAGCAUUGGAGGCAAAGCAGAGCAAACUCAGCUUCUCUGGGCAAGACGAAAGGAAAAGGCAUUGGCAACAGCCACCACCAACACCAUAAUGGAGUAUCAAAACCAAAACCUAAGCCUCCUCCACAUAAAGCUCCAUCAUUACCUCCUUCUGCUCCGAAAGAAGAUGGACCAAUACCAAGUCCACCGAAGAAAGGCUCCACCUCCUUCAAUGUGCUUGAUUUUGGGGCCAAGGGUGAUGGAAAGAGCGACGAUACAAAGGCAUUCCAAGCUGCAUGGGCAGCAGCUUGUAAAGUCGCUGCAUCAGCCAUGAUCGUUCCAGCAGACCAUGUAUUCCUUGUGGGACCUGUUUCUUUCGCUGGUCCGUACUGUCAACCAAACAUUGUAUUUCAACUGGAUGGCAAAAUUAUUGCCCCAAACUCCAAUGCUUGGGGUAGAGGUCUCUUUCAAUGGCUUCUAUUCACAAAGCUUGUAGGAAUCACAAUUCAGGGAACAGGCACCAUAGAUGGAAGUGGCUCAGUAUGGUGGCAAGACUACCCAUUUGACAGUCCUAUAGACGGUGAAACACAACUCAUUAUUCCACUAAACAACACAGUACAACAGCACCCACCGAUGCCCGUAAGAAGCGAACUCAGCGGGAAAAUGUCAGGCAUCAAGCCCACUGCACUGAGAUUUUAUGGAAGUUUCAAUGUGACAGUCACAGGCAUAACAAUUCAAAACAGUCCACAAUGCCACCUCAAGUUUGACAACUGCGUCGGAGUCGUUGUACAUGAUAUGAGUACCUCAUCUCCAGGAAACAGUCCAAAUACAGAUGGAAUCCACCUGCAGAACUCCAAAGAUGUGCUAAUUCAUAGCACUGAUCUUGCUUGCGGAGAUGACUGUAUUUCUAUACAAACCGGAUGCACAAAUGUAUACAUACACAAUGUUAAUUGCGGACCAGGACAUGGAAUCAGCAUUGGAGGUCUGGGAAAGGAUAAUACCAAAGCUUGUGUCUCAAACAUCACCGUGCGAGAUGUUGUUUUGCAAGGCACAAUGACCGGUGUCAGAAUUAAGACAUGGCAGGGUGGAUCAGGCUCUGUACAAGGGAUAUUGUUCUCAAACAUUCAAGUUUCAGAGGUUCAACUUCCAAUAGUGAUUGAUCAAUUCUAUUGUGACAAAAGCAAAUGCAAAAACCAAACAUCAGCAGUGGCUCUCUCAGGAAUCAACUACGAAAAAAUAAGAGGAACUUACACAGUAAAACCCGUACACUUUGCCUGCAGUGAUGCCCUACCAUGCGUGGAUGUAAGUCUAACUGCCAUAGAGCUAAAACCACUAAAAGAACAGUAUCACCUCUACGAUCCGUUCUGCUGGCAGACUUUUGGAGAGUUGACCACUCCUACCAUGCCUCCAAUUAGCUGCCUACAGAUUGGCAAGCCAUCAAGCAACCGGCCUCAGUCAGAUCACGGUGCAUGUUGA